CUUUAAAACUUAGUUACUGAUUUGACAAUUGUUAUUUUACCAAAGUUGCUGUGGUAUUCUAAAUUAAUGUUUAUCAAAAUUAUAGUUUGAAAAGUGUUGAUUGAUAAGCAAUUGUAUUAGCAAUGGACAACACAGAUCAAGAGUCGUCUUCAUCUUCACCUGUAAAUGUAAAAUUAAAAGAAGGGAUAAAUCUAGAUGACUUAAUUGCUGGAAAUCCAACAACAUUUGAAGUAAAUUUCGAUAACCUUCUUGAUAAGGAGCAAGAAGAGGAUUUGUAUUAUAAACCAGAAGAUAUAGCAGCGUAUUUAGACGAGUUAGACAUACAAGACGAAGACGUGUUUCAAGCAGGACAGUCGUUUCAGUGUGUCGAAGAAAAAUCUACUAAUCUAAUUGAGAAUGGAAAGGUGAAAAAGAGAAUUUUGAGAAAGGGCUAUGGUGAUACAUUACCUGAUCUGUGUCAGGUAACUAUUCAUUAUAACGCAUAUAUAGAAUUCCAAGAUGAGCCUUUUGAUUCAACUUAUGCACGUAAAAGACCCUAUACAUUUAGACUGAAUAAUGGAGAAGUUAUCUUGGGAUUAGAUAUGGCAGUGCAGUCUAUGAAAAUAAAUGAAAAGUCCCAAUUCCUUGUUCAUCCUGAUUAUGCUUAUGGCAGAAGGGGUUGUUUAGAGCGUAUUCCAGAAAAUGCAACAAUCUUAUAUGAAAUUGAAUUAAAAAAUUUCCUCGACACUGGAGCUACCAUUACAUAUGAUAAUCUGGAUAAUGAAUCUAAAAACAAAUUUCAAGAGGUAUAUAAAUUAGCACAUGCCCUUUGUGCUAAAGGUAAUGAUUUAUUUUCGAAAAGAUCCUAUAAAGCAGCAGUUAAAGAAUAUAAUACUGCUGUUUCAAAGUUAGAAUAUUGCAAUAUUCCAAAUUAUGAACAACAAGGUAAACAGCAAGAAUUAUUACUGAGACUCUACAGUAAUAUAGUUGUCACAUAUACCAAAAUGGCAGAACCAAGGAAAGCAUGUAAAAAUGCUAAUAUAAUUUAUAAUAUGUGUAAGGGCACAUCCCUAAAAGUACCUACCAAAGUGUAUUUUAAUAAUGCACGAAGCUUAAUUAUGUUGGCUGAAUAUGAUUGGGCUUUUAAACGACUAAAAGAUGCCCAGAGAGUUGAACCACAAAAUCCUGAAAUUUAUAAGGAAUUUAAAAAACUUGAAGAUUUAAAGAGAGAGGCCUACAAUAGGGAAGUUACAUUGGCAAAGGCAAUAUUUAAAAAUAAUGAAAUAAAUCAGGAAUUAAAUGAUAAUGCUAAUGUCAUGGGAGAUUUUAAACAAUCACUUAAAGAAUUCUGCGAGGAUUUUAAGAAUAGUGUUGGGGUUUUGCAAUGUAAAUUACCUGAAGGUCUAACAGAAGAAGAAAUUAAAUAUGCCCAAGAAGAAGUUAAGAACUAUGGUUUUGAAGUAAAAAGUAUUGGCAAGUUUUAUCAUCUUAUAAAGACAUCUGACUUGCCAACCAGUUUAUAAUUUUUAUUUAACAAAAAGAAAAGUCUCUCAAAUGUUUAGUUAGCAGAAUGAGAAUAAUUUUGAAGCUAUUUUCAAUAUUUUAGCAACUCCCAUACUAGUGGAGAAGUAUUUUUUGUUGUUUAUUAAUAAGCAUGAUUUUUGACUUUGUAUUUUGUUUUUACAAU